AUUUUGAGUGCCCAGGUCUAGUUUGUUUAUUGGUACAGUAUUAAUAGUCAAAUAUGACAAGUAAGGACUCCAUGUUACUACAAGUUCGGAUAUUUUGAAGGAACCCUAUCGACAAAGUCUGGCGAAUGCACCUAUUGGGAUCUUAUUGUGUGCAAUUCCUUGGUUCGCAUUGACGAAAAUUACCGAAGAAAUCUCUUUUGUGGAUGUGGGAUUUCUUUAAAAAACAUUUCUGGAACUUCUUUUCACGGGAGCCCGAAAAACAGACUCCAGCAUACGCACCGAUUGGGAUAAUAUUUGGUGCUUUCGCUUGGCUCGCUUUAAAGAAAAUUUCAGAACAGAUUCCAUGCGUGGAUGCCGCUCAACUUAGAAAAACAUUACUGGCAUUGAUAUUUUCAGGUGCUUACGCUUACACUUGGAUCCAGGGAUCAAAUCCUCAUGACGCUGAAAUUAAAGAGAGCACUCUUCAAGAUGAAAUUCCCCUUCUCCUGGCAGGGGGAUACUACGUCCUUCACAUCUACCCUCAGAGAUUUCCUAGUACGUCCGCUCAUCAUUUGUUCAGCAUCAUUGCCAUCAUCUGCGUCCUUAUUGAACAAAAAGGAGCUACAGCCGCCAAUACUUUCGGCUUUCUAGUCGAGGCUCCAAACGUCUUCUUUGCUCUAAGAGGAUGUAUCGCGAAGCUGGAGUGCUGUUCGCUUGAUAUAAUAAUUAACCUUAUCUACCCACUGAUAUUCAUUCUUGCCAAGUUUGUAGCUCUUGGAUACCACACGUUUCUCAUUGUGGACCAAACAGUUCCAAUGCAUCUAAAAGUUUUGACGGUCAUAUUGGCUUUGUUUUCAUUCGCUUUUGUCAUUGAAAUAGCUUACCUGGCACUUCAGGGUGAUGAAGAAACCAAAGAAGGUAGAUCUAGGUCUAGUUCAGGAUCGAAAUCAAGAUCCAAUUCUAGAACAAGAUCCAAGUCAAACAUCCGAAGAUCAAGAUGCUGCCAACGUUAAGAUUCUUGAUGAUUAUAUAUGGAUUUGGAAAUAAAAUUGAGUCUUUUGUUUGUGAAAAGUUGUAUGAAACCGACGAUCCUAUUCAGAUUGUUUAAUUUCGUUAAAAUAAAACUAAUUGACUUUUGAAUUUGUU